AUGGCCAGCGGCCGGACGGCGGGGCGAGCAGGUGCCGCCGCGGCGCUGCCGCUGCUGUGGCUGCUGCUCUGCGCCCCGCGGGACGCCGGCUGCCGCCUCCUGACCGUGGCUGACCUCUUCGACCGGGUGAUCCGGCACUCGGGCAGGAUCCACAGCCUCUCCACGGCGCUCUACGCCGAGCUGGAAAAACACUUUCCUCCCCGUGACAACGAGCUGGGGAAGCCGUCUCGGAAGUGCCACACGUCGGGGAUGCUGACGCCCAACGGCAAAGAAUACGCCCAAAAAAUCCCGAGAGAAGAACUAACUCACUUGAUACUGAAACUUUUGCAAGCCUGGAAAGAACCACUUUCCAACUUUAACCAGCAUAUUGAGCACCAUCAAGAGCUACCUGAUGACAGUCUUAGCAAAGCUAAGCAAAUCAGCAAUAUGGUACAUGAGCUGAAGACUGGAGUUGAGAAAGUAACAGAAAAGAUGCAGUCAAUGGGGAUCAUCAGCAAUUCAUUAAAUGGAAUAGCAUCAUCUGAGGCCACUGGUUUAUCGAUUAGUAAUGAAGCAAACAUGAUGAGUGACUCGGACUUUAUUCACUGUUUCAGGAGAGACUCCAAUAAAGUACAAAGCUACUUAAAAAUUCUUAAAUGUAGAACUUUGCCAGAAAAUAGUUGUUGA